AUGCCAACUGUGCUCGGGCUUGCGGGCGUUCAGGCACCUUCAACAAUGGAUGGGAUAUCUUCGGCUGGACAUUUAAUUGCAGACACUGCAGCUGCUCCGGUACCUACGAGACAACUGUUGGAGCUUGAAGGCUCGCUUUCGGUUGGAAGUUCGGGGUGGCGCAAGAUGCAGCUAAUCGAGUACUGCGGUCUUGGAGACGUGGCGCGUUACCAGCACUUGGAAGAUACAGCGAACAAUACUUUCAGAGCCCUGCGCGUCAUCGAUGGUAAGCACAAUCUGAAAUUGGUCGAGUUUACAGACGUGGGCAAUUGGCAUUUCGAGAAGCGUGCAGACGAGUAUGAAUUGUUCGACUUGGGUACAGAUCCAUAG